AUGACCACCAAGUAUAUUUUCGUUACCGGUGGAGUGGUAAGUUCUAUCGGCAAAGGCAUCUGCGUUGCCUCUAUCGGCCGCAUCCUUAAGAGCCGAGGGCUAUCCGUCUCCGUAGUUAAGCUGGACCCCUACCUGAAUGUCGACCCCGGAACCAUGUCUCCCUACCAGCACGGCGAGGUUUUCGUAACCAAGGACGGGGGAGAGACGGACCUGGACCUGGGCCAUUACGAGCGGUUCAUCGACGUAGAUCUGACCCGUUCCUCCAACCUCACGGCCGGCCAGGUUUACAUGACCCUGAUCGCCAGGGAAAGACGGGGGGACUUCCUGGGUGGCACCAUACAGACGGUGCCCCACGUUACCAACGAAAUCAAGGCCCACCUCACUGACCUGGCAGGAGAGUCCGACGUGGACGUUGUGGUGGUGGAGGUUGGAGGCACCGUAGGCGAUAUAGAGGGAUUGCCCUUCCUGGAAGCAAUCCGCCAGAUGCGCAAGGACGUGGGCCGCAACAACGUCUGCUACGUGCAUCUGACCCUGCUGCCCUACAUCACCGGCGCAGAGGAGUUGAAGACCAAGCCAACCCAGCACAGUGUCAAGGAAUUGCGGAGUAUUGGCAUCCAGCCCGACGCCCUGAUCUGCCGCAGCGACUUCCCCAUAUCAGACUCGAUCAAGGAAAAACUUUCCCUGUUCUGCGACGUGGACGGAGAGGCAGUUGUACCCCUGGAAACGGUGGACAACGUUUACGAAGUACCGCUGAUUCUGGAAAACGCCGGCCUGGGUGACUACAUCGUUAGUCUCCUUAACCUGGGGGGACACCCCCGGGAUUUGAGCGAAUGGUCCAGGAUGGUGGAGCGGAUGCAGCAGCCCAAGGGAAGCCUGCCCAUAGCCAUCGUCGGCAAGUACGUGGAGUACCCCGAUUCGUACCUUUCGGUCAGAGAGGCCCUGCGCCACGCCGGAACGGCCCACGACAAGGAUGUGGAAAUCAAGUGGGUGCAUUCGGAAGAUAUUGAACGGGACGGGCCGGAAAUUCAUCUGGACGGUGUCAGCGGCAUCGUGGUGCCCGGCGGUUUCGGCCAAAGAGGCGUCGAGGGAAUGAUUGACGCGGUGCAUUACGCCCGCGAAACAAACCUGCCUUACCUCGGACUUUGCCUGGGCAUGCAGGUUAUGGUAAUAGACUGGGCGAGGCACGUUUUGGGACUGGAGGGAGCCAAUUCAUCGGAACUGGACCCAGAUACUCUCCAUCCGGUCAUACAUAUCAUGCCAGAUCAGGAAGCGGUGACCGACAUGGGCGGCACCAUGCGCCUGGGCGGAUAUCCCUGCCGCCCGCAGAAGAAUACGUUGACCCUCUCCGCCUACCGUGACGAGGAAGUCGAAGAGCGGCACCGGCACCGGUUCGAGGUGAACAACCACUACCGGGAGAACCUGGAAAAGUCGGGGAUGAUCAUGGGCGGCCUUUCCCCAGACGGCAAGCUGGUGGAAACGGCGGAGGUAGCGGGCCAUCCCUUUAUGGUAGGGGUGCAGUUUCAUCCGGAAUUCCGGUCCCGGCCCAAUCGCCCCCACCCCCUGUUCUGUGAGUUUAUCGCCCAGUCCGUGAAAACGAUCGGGAAGGCGCUCAGCAGCCUCUUCCCCUUGACGCAAAGUAAGCGAGUUGCCGAGCAGCGCGUAUCGGCAAACCGACCGGUUCAGCAAACAGCUUUUAAGUAA